GCCUGUUGGGACGUAUGGUGGGAAAGUUGACGAUGAAAUCAGCAUGAAAGAAAUCUGUGUGGAUCAAGUUCUCGACGCCGUCAGACGCUCGGAAGAAAAUAUGCUGUGCUAAUUAGUGCUGUUUUUCAAAUGUUUAGCUGCUUCUCUGAAAUGAAGAUUUGAAACUGUUUUCUCGGUUUUCAGCGCAUGUGAGCAUCUGCUCCCUCUUUCACUUCCUGUCUAUAAAUUUGUCCUGUCUUGCGAUGCAGUCGUAGAGUCAAACCUGUCAUCUCAGCCCGUUUCAUCCCUUCAUUCAGCUUUUCAUCGUACUAUUUUGGGACAGGUGGAGUGUGCGACAAAGGCGAGACGCGAUGGUGUUUGAGCCUGGCCCCUGCCUUCACCUACUCAGACUGAGGCAUCCACAAAGUGCAUUGUGGGAGCCGGGUGUGAGUGCAUGGGAGGAAGCGGUGCCGCAGCGUCCAGGGGCCCAUCUGGGCAUUAUGCGCAUGAAGGCUCCGCCCCGUCACAAGCACGCAGUCAAUGGGAAUCCCACCGUGGAGCCUUUUCCAGAAGGCAUGGAGACCAUCAUGUUUGGUAUGGGCUGCUUCUGGGGAGUCGAGAGACUUUUCUGGCGGCUUCCGGGGGUCUUCUCCACACAGGUGGGCUACGCCGGCGGCUUCACACCAAACCCCACGUACCACGAGGUUUGCUCAGGUCUGACUGGUCACACCGAGGUGGUGAGGGUGGUCUUCUCCCCCGAAGACAUCAGCCUUGAGGAGCUGCUCAAACGCUUUUGGGAGAACCACGAUCCUACACAGGGUAUGAGGCAGCACAAUGACCGCGGUACUCAGUAUCGCUCAGCCAUUUACACAUCCAACCCCACUCAGCAGGAGCUUGCAUUGAAGAGCAAAGUGGCCUUCCAGCAGGAGCUGGUUAAAAAAAGCUACGGGUCCAUCACUACAGAGAUCCUGGAGGGGCAGCAGUUUUACUACGCUGAGGACUAUCACCAGCAGUACCUGAAGAAGGUGCCUAAAGGCUACUGUGGCCUCAAAGGCACUGGCGUCUCUUGUCCCAUCGGAGCGAAGGACGAACUAUGACAGACGUGUGGUGAGAAAGAGAAGGAUGACAGACGAGGAUGUUUAAAAGCUGUCAUCAUUUACCGCACUUAAUCUUUCAUUUUUAAAUUGUUGCACUUUAAUUGAUACACUGAUUGAAAAAUAUAUGCGCAUUUCCAGUUUACAAAUCAGUGUUUUUCUUACAUAGUAACAUAUUAAUGAGAUUGCAAACCGAUUUCUAAACCUUAGGGGGUUUAGUGAAUGUAGUGUCUGCACUGGAAAAAGCAAUUCAAAAUGCUUUACCUUAGAAAUAUAAAUGCACUAAAAUAGCUUUUAAAUGACACUGAACAUGAAAUAAGAUAAAUUAAGAAAAUUCUUUAAUUAAACUAGUGCAGCUGUAGCAGUGUCUGUUGGGUUGCAGAAGCAGUCUGCGUCCAUAAGGUGGCGAUAUUUCUCAACAAACCGUAGAGCUGCAGUAGUAUGUCUUUAUUGAAUCCUGUUUGAUGUGACAUCUUGUAGCUGUAGAAACCAUGUGAAAACUGAAUUCCAAAGCUGCUUGAUUGCGAGAAAAUCAAGCAGCAUUACUGUUUUAACAAUCCAUCCAUCUAUCCGUCCAUCUUAAGGCCAGAACACUGUCACACGGCUCAGAGUAACAACUCUUCAGAUUUCUUAAAUGCACAUUUUACCAUGAAUUCAGUUUGAUCUUAUUUUCAUUUUACUGUGAUUAAGUUAUUUGAAUAGAUUUACCUCAAUCAACAAAGACUUGACACUGCCUUUUAUUUUCUUAAUGUCUCACUGUGCAAAUAAUAA